ACCAUCCCACUCCUCCCUAAAUUUCGCCAAAAAGCUUAUGGAGCAAACCGCCGCUCCACCACCACUCACCACCACCACACCCGCCGGAAUCUCAACCACCACCACCACACACCCUACCUCCGUCGACUCCUCUCCUCGCUCCCGAACAAUCGAUUCCUGGGUAGAAGACACCUCUCCAUACCCUAACCCUAACAACACCACUUCCACGGCGGCGCCGGCCACCAAGCUCCGCCUGAUGUGCAGCUCCGGCGGCCACAUCGUUCCUCGUCCACACGACAAAUCGUUGUGCUACGUCGGUGGAGACACACGGAUCGUUGUGGUGGACCGCCACACCACUCUAUCAGACCUCACUAACCGCCUCACCAAAUCAGUUCUCCGAUCAACCGCAACGACGUCGUUCACGAUUAAAUAUCAGUUACCGAAUGAAGAUCUCGAUUCGUUGAUCUCCGUAACUACUGAUGAAGAUCUGGAGAAUAUGAUCGAUGAAUACGAUCGGUUAAACAACAUAAACGUGACGUCAUCUUCACGGAUCCGGUUGUUUCUGUUUCCGGUUAAACCGGAGUCCGUUUCGUCAAUCGGAUCGGUGUUAGAAUCCGCUACGAAAUCAGAGGAUUGGUUUCUCAACAUGCUUAACGGUAACGGUAACGGUAACGGAAUGUCGUCAGGUUUUUCCGAUACGACGUCGGUUAAUGGUUUGUUAGGGUUAGAGGAUGAGGUUCCGGUACCGGAGAAGAAGGAUGUGAGUGGUAAAGUUGUGGCUGGGAGAGGUUUGAGAGGGAAUAAUUCGGUCCAGGAUGUUCAGUCGGUUCCGGAUUCUCCGAUGCUGGAAACGACGUCGUCGUUUGGUUCGGCGUCGUCUACGCCGUCGAUGGUAAACGUGCCGCCGGUUACGGCGAGUGUUGAUGAUCAGGUGAAUGUUAAAUGUCAUGAGGAUGUGAAUUUUGUGGCUGAACCGGUUCCAGUGGUGGUUAUCGAUGAUCCGAAUCCUAAACCAAAGCCAUCUAUGGAUUCAGUUUCAAGUGAUGGUAGACCACCUGUGAUAUUUCAAGAUCCAGCUGCACAUGCUCAAGUUGCUACCAAUAAUGUUAUUGAUCAAAACACUAGAAUUCAAAUCCAACAAGUUAAAGAUUCUUCGUAUUUACUCUCAACUCCAGCUGCGCAGCCUGCGCGAGUUGAUACACAAAAUCAUCAAAUGCAUCACCAACCUCAGUUUAUUCAUACUGCUGUUCCACCGCCACAAUACCUCCAGCACCACCCAUCGGGGAUGGUUCCAAUGGCGUCGUAUUACCAGAUGUACCCGUCACAAACUCAAUAUCAUGCUCCACAUCAGGCGCAUGAUCAACAUAAUUUGGUCUAUUAUAUGCCGGCUAGACAGCCGCCACAAGGCUAUAACUUGCCAUUGCAGGCUGAUGCCUCUCCUGCUGUUUCCGCACCUCCUAAUAAUCAAGUUCCACCGCCUUCUGGUUUGAUCACCGCACCCCGGGUUGCCCAACCCGUCCCUAAAACUGAAGCACCCGCAGGCGUGUAUAGAACCGCCGCAAAUCCUGGUGCAGCGGCUCCUCAACUUGUGCAGGUUCCUUCUAGCCAUCAACAGAUGCAGCCUCAAUUCGUUGGCUACUCUCAUGCUCCUCAACCUUCUCAACUCGUUGCUUCUGGUGGCAGUGGUGGUAAUUAUGUAUAUGAAUUUGCGGAUCCUUCACAACAGGGACAACGUAUGUACUAUGCGGCUCAGCCUUUGCCACCCCAAUCUGCCACUCAAUAUCAAAACAUAGCCUCAACUUUGCCUGUUGAAGCUCAAGGUGGAUCCCAUAUGAACCAGCAAGUGAGAACAUCACAGCCUUGAUUGACUGGUGAGUUCCAUUUGAAAAUUUUGCAGUGAAGUGUCUUUUUCUUUUAUUAUUAUUAUUCUUAUUGUUAUUAUUAUUUUCAUUUCAUUUUUGCAUUGGUAUGUGGUAUGUAUUUGUCAUUGAAAAUAAGAACAUCUGGUAAAAAUGGUUAUUUUUUUAUUUUUUUA